CCCAGUAUAACCUCAAACGCGUCUAAACAUUGAAAGUGAAAACUCGUUGUUUUGUAAUAAAUAAUAUUUCAAAUAAUGAAAUUUACGGUGGUCAUCUUCGCUCUGGCGGUCGUUUUGCAAGCAGAAGCGAAAACCUUCACGAGGUGUGAGCUGGUACAGCAGCUUAGGAGCCAUGGUUUCCCUGAGGAUAAGCUACGUGAUUGGGUUUGUCUCGUAGAGAACGAAAGCUCUCGCACGACCAACAAGAUUGGGAAGGUUAACAAGAAUGGAUCAAGGGAUUACGGACUCUUCCAGAUCAACGAUAAAUACUGGUGCAGCAACACUAGCACCCCUGGAAAGGAUUGCAAUGUUACUUGCUCAGAUCUUCUGACUGAUGACAUAUCAAAGGCAGCGACUUGCGCCAAGAAGGUAUUUAAGCGUCACGGAUUCAAUGCAUGGUACGGCUGGAAGAACCACUGUAAAUCCAACCUCCCUGAUAUUAGCUCCUGCUGAACAACUCACUAAAAGGAAACGUUUUACAUAUAAAUGUUAUACAAAAAUUUAGAUUUGUAAACAAUUAAACCAAAUGAUCAGCAUUUA